AGUUUGUUUUUGUUUUUCUCUCUCAAUUUUUGUUGAUACUUUUUCAUUCAUUGUUAUGUUUUCAACUUUUUCGCAAAUUAUUUAAUUAUUUUCACUCAUUUUAAUCGCUAUUUAAUGAGAGACCAUAUGAGAAUUUUUAAUGACAAUUCCAGGUUCCAUUUUGUCUUCUCAACUGAUGGUCUUCAGUCAACAAUCAGUGGACAUUAUUUGAUAAGUUUUCUCUAUUAUCUAUUGUGACCUGAUAAUCUAUAAUGAAGAUGAAAAAGAGAUUAAGUCAAAAUAUUGUUCACCGUUUACGGAAUCGUGAGCUUAUGGAUAUUAAACCAAGAACUUCUAAACAUUACACCAAUCGAUGUUUCUAUCAAAAUAUUUUCCCAAAUAUGUCUGUGAUUAACAUCGAUAAACCUCCAUGUUUUCUUAGGAAAUUUACGCCCGAUGGAAAAUAUUUGAUCGCUUUCAGUAAUGAUCAAAGUUCAUUACAUGUUUACACUUAUCAAGGACCCGCUGUAGCUAAUGAGCUACUUGAAAAGAUCAACAUUGAGGGCGAUUUUGUCGGUGGAGAGCGAAGUAGAUUGGAUGAAUCAGCCUUCAUUCAAGCAAAUAUAUUUUCGCACUUUUUUAAGCUCAAACACAUCGUCAAUUUAACUUCAAACUACGAAAGAUUAAACCGGGAAUGUAGCCUGUUCACCAAUGAUAGUAGAUAUGUGAUUGUCGCCAGUUCUGCAACAAUUAACGAUCAGGUAUUUCCAAGUUAUUAUGAUGUCCUUCGUAACAAUGAAAGUAUGAGUGUAAAUAUUAGAUUUUUUCUUGAAGAUUUUUGUAUUUACCUAAUCGAUAUGGUUAAGGGUAAAAAAUGUGAUCAACUGAUUUUCAAAACGGAUUAUAUUAUAUUAUCUCAUAAUCAAGGACUCUAUCUACACGAUGAUACUCUUGCCGUUCUUUCAAUUCAACACCAAACUAUUCACAUCUAUCAUAUUGUUGAUAGUAGUACAACUGGUAAAAAAUUUCUUCUCAUCAAUUCCAUUGGUCGAUUUUGUUUUGAAGAUGAUUAUUUCGUUAUUUCAUCUCCCUUUGAAGAGGUUAAUUCAAUUUCUCCACCAUCUUCCUCAUCAUUUGCAUCACCUAACUCAACAGCAUCAUCAUCAUCAUCAUCAUCAUCGUCUUCCCUUACUGCUCGAGCCACUUCACCCGAUCCAGCUUUCCAUGAGGUUUUCAUUAGUGCAUUAAAACACCGAUUUCUGGCCUUUCUUUAUCGUCGAGCUCACAAAGAAUCACAAACAACUGGAAAUGUCCAUCCGCUGGUCAAUUAUCAUCGUAAAUUUGAACACUAUCUCUCAUUAAGAAUGUCCAAAAUGCAGCUACUCGACAAAGAUCAUUUACUAAUAAAAUACGAGACACGUACCUCAACGACUUUGACGUUGUCACCUUGUCUUCUUAAGACUCCUAGAGCUCCAUGUUGGAAAUGUUACAUCGCUGGAAGACCAACACAAUUCCAUUGGUAUGAUUACUGUCCCUUCGCUGCUGAUCAAGAAGAUCAAAGUACCAAUGAUGAUCAAGCUGAUACUCUCGCUGUUAAUCAAGUUCAUCAAACUGGUGAUGAGAUUGAUUAUAUUCAAAUUGACUGAAUUAUGCUGAUAAUUUCCUCCGUUUAAUCAUAAGGAUGGGGAUGUAAUGUAAAGUCAACUUUUGGAAAGAGAAACCAAAGGAUAAGAAAUCCUCUUUCUUUCAUCAAACAUCACAACGGUCACAGCGAUGCAAACAUUUCGCUCUCUAGAUAAAAGCAAUUGGAAGGUGAUAAAAUAUUUGAAUGUUCAUGGAAAAGACGGAUUUUCCCAUUGUUUCUUCAUAAAUUGAUACGGAUUUGAGUAAAGUUCCAUGUUGAUUGAUUUCAAUCCAAAAUCAAUCGGACUGUUAUCUAAGAUGAAAUUUAUCUUCAUCGUUUCCGUGUCGAAUACAUUUUUCGUGAUGAAGGUUACGGAGUAACUUUUCCGUCCAAUUGUAAAAGGUGUAUCAGCAUCCAAUCGGAAUGGGUAAUGAGGACAUUUUCGGGUUAUAUUAGACAAGAUUAUAUUGUGACCAUAGCAAUCAAUAUGAUCUUCUUUAGACUUGUGGUUCCAUCCGUUCGAAUUGCUCAGAGCAACCAGUUAAUGUCCAUCGUAAUUGUGUUUCAUUAAUACAAUUGUCCAAAUCUGGAGCCAAAACCAAAUUUUCGAGUCGAAAUACUGUUCA